AUUUAUGUGCAGUGUUUGGUAGCAUUAUGCUGCUCAAAUUUUGUACUUCACUUUAUAAUCAAUGCCAAGUUGUACCAGCACUUAUCAUCAUUUAUGGACGGGACACAUUUAUUAAACAGCAUGAUUGUGCAUCCUCAUUUUGAUGAUUAGCUAGACAUCUGUUUAUUGACCUUCCAGCAAUUUCGUCGAUUCUUAGUUGAAACUAGAGAACUUUAGGUGUUGUUUUUAGCUUUGCCUUUAUUAUUGCUAUUUCUCUGUACAAGUGAGAGAUUCUGACAUUGUUAUUCAAUCAGUUUCCUCAUACAUAUUUGCUUUCAGACUUCAUUGGUACCUGGCUUAUGGUAUUGUGAGCAAAAGUUGCCAUUUCUAUGGUUGUAAACUAUUAGCUAUCUGAAUCGAGAAUAUUUGGAAGAUACAUUAUGAGGAGCUUAGGGCAAUGGAAAGUGGUGUUUGCACCUGGAAAUGAAGGAGAGGCAGCGUUGGAGAGCUGAAGAGGACGCUUUGUUACGUGCAUACGUGAAACAAUAUGGACCAAGGGAGUGGAACCUUUUGUCACAGCGCAUGAACGCACCCCUAAACAGGGAUGCAAAAUCUUGCUUAGAAAGGUGGAAUAACUACCUCAAACCUGGUAUCAAGAAGGGAUCUCUUACUGAAGAGGAGCAGCGACUUGUAAUCCAUCUUCAAGCUAAACACGGCAAUAAAUGGAAGAAAAUUGCAGCUGAAGUCCCUGGCAGAACUGCUAAAAGACUGGGCAAGUGGUGGGAGGUGUUCAAGGAGAAGCAACAAAGGGAACAAAAGGAGAAGAAUAAGACAGUUGACCCAAUUGAGGAGGGCAAGUACGAUAGGAUACUAGAAACUUUUGCAGAGAAACUAGUGAAAGAGCGGCAUAGCUCAGCCUUUCCUAUGGCUACUUCUAAUGGGGGCUUUCUUCAUACUGACCCACCUUCCCCUACACCAACUGUACUUCCACCUUGGCUUUCUAAUUCCAGUAAUGCCUCUGCUGUCAGGCCACCAUCCCCUUCUGUGACUUUAAGCUUAUCUCCCUCGACAGUGGCAGCUACUCCCCCAAUCCCAUGGCUGCAGCCUGAGAAGAUGUCAGAAAAUACCCCUGUUGCUUUAGUAAAUAUGGCACCCAUUGGGUCAGUUCCUCCUUGUGGUGAGAACCUGCUGAUAUCUGAACUGGCGGAGUGCUGCAGGGAGCUGGAAGAAGGGCACCGUGCUUGGGUUGCACAUGAAAAGGAAGCUGCCUGGAGGUUAAGAAGGGUAGAGUUACAACUGGAAUCAGAGAAGGCAUGUCGUAGAAGGGAGAAAAUGGAAGAAAUAGAGUCAAAGGUCAAGGCUCUGAGGGAAGAGCAGAAGGCUACUCUUGAUAGAAUUGAAGCUGAAUAUAGGGAACAGCUGGAAGGGCUAAGGAGGGAUGCUGAAGCAAAGGAGCAAAAAUUAGCUGAGCAAUGGGCUGCGAAGCACUUGCGACUUACUAAGUUCCUUGAACAAAUGGGAUGCAGACCCAGGCUCGCUGAGCCUAAUGGCCGGUGAGGAAGAUCUAUUAUGUGCAGUCUGCAUUCUGCUUUCAAUAGACGGCAUUACCGCACAUUGUUUUUGAUUAUGCGACCAUUCUCUUCUCAAAUUCUACUAUAUAUGUCUAUUUAUAUUACUAUCUUCUUAUCGGAUGGACACUCUGAAUGAAAGUAGCAUUAGCUGAACAUGCUCUAUCUUGCAUUCAACUCUUAAAAUAUAUUAAAUUUGUAUUCCAAUUAUUGCAUGAAACAGUUUGAAUCCUUCUCGGAAUGGGAGGAUAGGCUUGUUUUUCAGAUAUGGCAUUGGCUUCAGGGAGAUAAGGAAUCUGAUUUCACAUACAUGGGGGCAGAUGUCUGUAAUACCUGCCAAUGGGGGGUUUGUGAAUUGAGAGACGAAAUGUUUGUAUAUUAUUGUUAUCUUGUUCACUUUAGCCCUUGCUUAUGUAAUUUGGAAAUUGAAGUUGUAUCUUUUUGUAUUUUAGCUUAUAUGAUUUCUUUCAAGGAAACUUUGCGGAAGAUGAUUAUGGGAAUUCAUUUCUCCACAUUUAUGUAAGCAUUUCUG